AUGCACGCCCUCAGUUGUGGUGAUGGCGGUGAGUUGGUGCUUUGCGAUAAAUCAACUUGUUCCAAGUCCUAUCAUCUGAAUUGUUUGGGUCUUAUUCGACCUCCAGCAGGCAUAUGGUAUUGUCCCUGGCAUUAUUGCGAUGAUUGUGGUCGGCCUGCAAGCUACCUUUGCUGGCGCUGCCCGAAUGGUUAUUGUGAUGAGCAUGCGGAUCCAGGCCGCAGGGUCCAGAUCGACGCCAUGGAUGCCGAUCGGUGGGCCGAGGCAAUACGUUCUGAUCUAGUUAAUCGAGCUGUAGUAAAUGCAGCCGCUGUUACUGCAGCCUCGACUGCAGCUACAGCCUCUGGGUUUGGAUCUGGCGGGAUCGGUUCAGGGCUAUCUAAUCAUCAUCAUCAUCAUCACCAUAGCCAGAGUCAGAUAGACUCAGUGGCCCCUACUACCAACUCUUCCACCUCAGGCACUUCUGUUACUCCGGGGAGCCAGCUGACUCCUUCUGGUCUACUUGGUCAACUAGCAGCUGGUUUUCGCUGGGUUUGCACUGACCAUGCCGGUCUGGUGAUAUCUGGGCCUGGCCAUCUACCCAAGCUAAUUGGAACGGGCCGGUUGGCUCAGGCAGCCACCCCUCCUACUCAUCCCAUCGAGCCUUCUGGUCGACUAGACCUACCAAGAGCUAAUCAGGCUGACGGAUCCGGACAGAUGAUUGCAUUUACGCAUCCUACGCCACCAGAGGCAACUGCAGGAGCGACGCAGAGCUCUUCCUCCUUACCCUCUUCUGUUGGCUCCAUUGCAAACGGCGUUUCGAAUGAGUUUCAGGCGGAUGUCGAGUCCACCUGCACCAUCCGCUCCCUCCCUGGUUCACGGCCAACAACGCCUUCUUCCCCUAUGUUCGUCGAAGAUACUGAGAGUCCUAGUGCAAAUGGAUCGGAGACAAGGCGCCCGAAUGGCUGUCGAACAUCCCAGAUUUCAACAACUUGCUCAAAAGUUGACAACUCUCUCAUAUCUGCUAACAUUAUGCCUAGCCAUAGUAAUAGUCUUGAAGACUACGUCCCAGUAUCAGAUAAUCCUUAUAAUGUCUCCCGUGAUACGGGUCUCAGUCUAGCCAUCAGUUCUGAACCCGAUGGUGGGACGCCCAGCCUCGAUCUUGCUACAACAGCUCCUUCUUUCGUCACUGCCGAGAUAGAUCGAACUGUUCAGGCACUAGCCGACAUAGAUCGAUCCGUCCAGUCACUAGCCGAUUCCACAAACGAUACAGGAGGCCCUGAAGGGGCGAACAAGAAGCGUAACUCUUUUGAUCCUCAAACCUCUAUUCCAGUGAAAAAACGACGUCGCUUUCUCAAUGAAGCUGAAGCUAGGCGAGCCUAG